AUGCAAGUUCCAGAGUACUGGAGAGGCAUUGUUUUGUGCUUUUUUUUUUUCCCAGGUGGUUCACUGCCCCAUGAAGAGUCUUCAGUGGUUGUGAAUAAAGGGGAGGAAUUAAGGCUGAGGUGCAAUGAGGAGGGACCCGUGACUUGGAAUUUCCAGAACUCAGACCCAUCGGCAAAAGCAAGGAGUUCUAAUGAGAAAGAGUGGUACACCAAAAAUGCAACAGUCAGAGACAUAGGCAGAUACAUAUGCAGAAGCAAAGGGAGUAUUGUCACCUCUUUUUAUGUUUUUGUUAAAGAUCCAAAUGUGCUCUUCCUCGUUGAUUCUCUGAUCUACGGAAAAGAAGACAGUGACAUCCUGCUAGUGUGCCCGCUAACAGAUCCAAAUAUUACGGAUUUCACACUGAAAAAGUGUGACAGCAAACGUCUCCCAAAAAACAUGACAUUCAUUCCCAAUCCCCAGAAAGGCAUCAUUAUAAAGAACGUCCAGAGGUCAUUUAAAGGCUGCUACCAGUGCUUGGCCAAGCACAAUGGAGUUGAGAAGAUAUCAGAGAACAUUUACCUGAAUGUGAGACCAGUUCACAAAACUCUUCCUGUCAUCACCUUAUCAAAAAGCUAUGAGCUUCUCAAAGAAGGGGAAGAAUUUGAAGUUACAUGCAUAAUCACGGAUGUGGAUAGCAGCGUACAAGCUAGUUGGAUUUCUCACAAAAGUGGGAUUGUUACAAGCAAAAGCAGAAAUUUGGGUGAUUAUGGAUACGAAAGGAAAUUAACAUUGAACAUCCGUUCAGUGGGAGUUAAUGAUUCUGGAGAAUUCAUAUGCCAAGCAGAAAACCCUUUCGGAAAAACCAAUGCCACAGUAACCUUGAAAGCACUAGCUAAAGGAUUUGUCCGUUUGUUUGCAACAAUGAAUACCACAGUAGAUAUAAAUGCAGGACAAAAUGGAAACUUAACAGUUGAAUAUGACGCAUAUCCAAAACCGAAGGAAGAAGUCUGGAUGUUCAUGAAUGAAACAUUACAGAAUUCCUCAGACCAUAAUGUCAAGUUCAGGAGCGUGGGUAAUAACAGUUAUACAAGUGAACUUCACCUUACACGAUUAAAAGGAACAGAAGGAGGCAUUUACACAUUUUUUGUGUCCAAUUCUGAUGCCAGCUCCUCUGUAACAUUUAAUGUCUAUGUGAAAACAAAACCAGAAAUUCUCACUCUGGAUAUACUUGGCAAUGGUGUUCUUCAGUGCGUAGCAGCUGGAUUCCCAGCCCCUACCAUAUACUGGUAUUUUAGCCCAGGAACUGAGCAGAGGUGUUUUGAUUCACCGACAAUAUCUCCCAUGCUUAUCAAAAGUGGUUACACAAAUUCAUCAGUGCCAUCAUUUGAACGAAUCCGGGUUGAAAGCACAAUUAACACCAGCAUGUUCAGGAGCACCGGCACUGUGUGCUGCGAGGCCUCCAGCAAUGGGGACAGGAGCUCUGCUUUCUUCAACUUUGCUAUUAAAGAGAAAAUCCGUACCCAUACCCUUUUUACCCCUUUACUAACUGCAUUUGGAGUCGCUGCAGGACUGAUGUGUAUCAUAGUCAUGAUCCUGGUGUAUGUAUAUUUGCAGAAACCCAAGUACGAAGUUCAGUGGAAAGUUGUUGAGGAAAUAAAUGGAAACAACUAUGUUUACAUAGACCCAACACAACUUCCUUACGAUCACAAGUGGGAAUUUCCAAGAAACCGUUUGAGUUUUGGUAAAACCCUUGGUGCUGGAGCUUUUGGAAAAGUUGUUGAAGCCACUGCUUAUGGUUUAUUUAAAUCUGAUGCUGCUAUGACAGUAGCAGUAAAGAUGUUGAAAACAAGUGCCCAUUUAACAGAAAGAGAAGCCUUGAUGUCAGAGCUUAAAGUGCUGAGUUACCUUGGAAACCACAUUAAUAUUGUGAAUCUACUUGGAGCUUGCACUAUUGGAGGUCCCACUCUGGUCAUUACAGAAUAUUGCUGCUAUGGUGAUCUUUUAAAUUUUCUUAGACGGAAGCGAGAUUCAUUUAUUUGCCCAAAACAUGAAGAACAUGCAGAUACAGCAGUUUAUGAGAACCUUUUGCAUCAGGCAGAGCCUGCAGCUGAUGCUGCCAAUGAGUACAUGGACAUGAAACCAGGAGUGUCAUAUGCAGUCCCACCAAAGGCUGAUAAAAAACGACCUGUGAAGUCCGGAUCCUACGCUGAUCAGGAUGUUACCCUUUCUAUGCCGGAAGAUGAUGAACUUGCUCUAGAUGUUGAAGAUCUCCUAAGCUUUUCUUACCAGGUGGCAAAGGGCAUGAGCUUCCUUGCCUCCAAAAAUUGCAUUCAUAGGGAUCUGGCCGCAAGAAAUAUUCUUCUAACUCAUGGUCGAAUUACAAAAAUCUGUGAUUUUGGCCUGGCAAGAGAUAUAAGGAAUGACUCAAAUUAUGUGGUCAAAGGAAAUGCUCGUCUUCCUGUGAAGUGGAUGGCACCCGAAAGUAUUUUCAAUUGCGUCUACACCUUUGAGAGUGACGUGUGGUCUUAUGGGAUAUUGCUUUGGGAGCUCUUUUCUUUAGGAAGCAGCCCUUAUCCAGGGAUACCUGUGGACUCCAAGUUCUAUAAAAUGAUCAAGGAGGGAUACAGGAUGUUUAGCCCUGAGUGUGCACCGCCUGAAAUGUAUGAUAUAAUGAAGAGCUGCUGGGAUGCUGAUCCUUUACAAAGACCCACAUUUAAACAAAUUGUACAGAUGAUAGAGCAGCAGCUUUCAGAUAAUGCCCCCCGGGUUUAUGCCAACUUCUCAACCCCACCUUCCAGUCAAGGAAAUGCUCCAGAUCACUCAGUGAGGAUUAACUCAGUGGGUAGCAGUGCUUCAUCUACUCAGCCUCUCCUGGUACGUGAAGAAGUCUGAGUGGCUUCUCUAAAGAAGAGAAGCUCAGAGCUGUUUGUAUUGUGCAGGGGGUGAGAGAGGAAUGACUUCAAUAUUUUCUCUUACUUUUACUCACUACUACCACUGUGUAGCUGAAACAUUGUUGUAAUACUGUCCUUUACCAUGUACUGUUACACAUAAACCUAAUCUGCUGAGCACGGUUACAGGCAUCAUUACAGUGUUAACUGAAGCUGUAUAUAUUUUGCUGUGUUGUGUGUAUUUGCAGUAGAGAGCCAGAUGUGAAG